GCGCGCGGUCUGACCGGUCGCUCACGCAUAGACAACUCGUUUUUUUUUAAUUCGCGUGCGUUGUGUGUGAAUUGUGGAUUACAAAAGUGUUUUUUUUAAAGAAAUUCUGAUCAACAGAAGAAGGAAACACUAAACCUCAGCGCACACUGGCUCGACUACAAUCAUGUGGGUGCGAGUGUGGAUGGCGCUGACCAUAUCCGGCGCGUACUCGCAGACAACGCAUACGAAAAUUCAGCAGAACGGUGUUGGCUACGAGUGGGGCUGGCAGCUGACGCCGCAGGGAGACGGCACCACAGGACAUUACUAUGUCAAACUGCCACAGAACGAGCAGGAGGUUCGCUACGUGGCCGACGACACCGGCUACCACGGCGCCGUGUCCGUGAACACCGGCACACACACCGCCAGCAUAGCACUGGGGGAGCGCGCGCUACAGUUCACAAACACACAGUUGCCGGUAACGACACAACUGUACCAAGUAUCACCGUCCAAUGACAAUCAAACCCAAGCACCCGCCACGCCUGCGCAGCCCGUCGAUAUAUAUCUCCUUCAACAACAGUUCUCCUCCGGCGAACAACAAUUUCCACAAGCAAAUGUCCAGUACACAAUACCUAACUACUACUACAACAAUAAUGUAGCUACACCAGCCUACUACAACAUACAAACUCUACAUCCUAUCCAACUAAACGAACAGAUUAGUGAUAAAGUAACGAAUUUUGAGACGAAGCAAAGUGAACGCUCUAAACCUCUUCAAAAAGAGGAUAAUGCUGAGCAUGAGCAAGACCAUGAACAUCUCACUACCAAUGUUGUUCAAGUCUUCAAAGAUCACAAUUGCACUGACGAAGACGAAAUACCUAAGGAACACAAGGACGACUCACAAAAACGUACACGUGUCUACGCUGAAACUCCUACGUAUGACAUUCGUAAUAUUAAUGGUAAUUACGGUAUUAGAAGUACCGAGAGACCGUUGACGUAUCGAGGAGCUGUACAUUUCAAAGUUGAGGCCCCUCGAGGCAAUGCAAGGAGUGAAAGGUAUUAUUACAACGAAGUAUCUACAACUAUUCGCAGUGUGACCACAGAAGAUGAUCGGAUUGCUAGACUAGUAGCUUCGACACAGGAUAUAAUAUCGAAUGAAGAUCUGCUCAAAAUAAAUCACGCCGCUGAAAAACAGACCAAUGUGCAUAAUGAUGAUAUCAUCAAACCAAAACCACGAUUCAGCUUAAAAGCAGAACAAACUCGAUAUGACCACUAUUCCACUGUGUCACCAAAUACUCAAAGAAACAGGAUCACUGAAGAAACUCGAUAUGACCACUAUUCUACUGUAUCACCAAAUACUCAAAGAAACAAAAUAACUGAAGAAACUCGAUUUGACCACUAUUCCACUGUAUCACCAAAUACUCAAAGAAACAAAAUCACUGAAGAAACUCAAUAUGACAUCUAUUCUACUGCCCAGCCAAAUACUCCAAGAAACGCAAACCCUGAACAAGCUCAAUAUGACAACUAUUCUAAUGUGCCAUCUACUCCAAGAAAUAGAAUCACAGUCAGAGCUAAAAUACAAAACAUUGUUGACAGUGAAAUAGAACACUUACAGAAUGACCAGAAGAAAGAGGAUGUUCUGAAAACAAAUGCAAAUCAGUACACGUUUGCUUCGCCUAUAGUUGUUCAGGAUUCAAAUUAUGACAAUUUCAAAGACCAAAUUGUUAACAAUUUAGUUUCAACUAUGGUUCCGUACUUACAAGACGGCUACGAGAUUGUUGGAGUAAGAAACAGUAUUGAUGAGAAUUUAACGAAUAGUGAAGACAGUCAGGACAGACAAUCUUCUUCCGAGGACCUAGUCAAUGUAACGCCAAGACCUGUAAGCCAGAAGUAUCUGGCUCCUAUCACCGUUGCUUUAAGACUUUACAAUGCGAAUGACUCCGGAACAUUCAACACUGUGGAUGAUCAUGAAGUUUCAGAUAGCGAAGUCGUAACAGAUACAGUGAAAAGCCCACACAGAGAAAAGACUGUUGUAGAAAUCCAGCAAUCCAUUCCUUUGAGCAUUACACACAUAAAUGAUGUUGAAGUACAUGAGUAUUUAGAUGAAGGUAGGAGUAAUGACAAGGGACCAUUAGACAUUGCCAAGUCUUUAUAUCAUACUUACGUUGACGCUUUGAGGUCUAUGGACUCUUAUGGACAGAAGAACAACCGGAAUAACGCUAAUUUAAUUACUGAUCAGCAAAAUGAUUCUAGAGAACAAUUAGAACCAAGUGAAAAUAUUCAGACUGAAGUUGAAAUUAGACCCAAUGAAGAUAGUAAUGAGAGAAAUGAAUACGCAAGGCCUUAUAACACUUAUAGUGUAGACCAAGAUCACCCAAUUAUUCAACCUAUCAUUAUUGAAAAGGAAGUACCGGUCACUAAAUUCGUUGACAGAUAUAUAGAGAAAGAAGUACCGUAUCCAGAGAAAGUGGAAGUUGUAAAGCAUGUGCCGGUAGACAGGCCGGUUGCUGUACCGGUACCAUAUGAGAAAAUUGUUGACAGACCAGUUGAAGUCACCCGUUUCAUCGAUAAACCUUACCCGGUAGAAGUACCGCAUUUAUAUCCGGUACAGGUACCUUAUCCGGUCGAACACAAAAUUUAUGUCGACCGACCGGUACACGUCCCUUAUCCUGUAGAAAAGGUUGUUGAAAAACAAGUCGUUCAUCAAGUCCCUGUACCUACCCCGGUAGCCGUGCCAGUAGGAGUACCCGUCGAAAAAAAAGUCUUGUACCCUAUCCCAAUAGAACACCGGGUCCCAUACCCUGUUGCGGUAGAAAAACCGGUGACAGUUGAGAAAAUAGUGCACAAAGAAGUACCGGUUCCAUAUGAAGUUGAGAAACGGGUACCCUACCCGGUACAUUACGAGACUAAAGUGCCCGUUCCUUAUCCCGUGGAAAAAAGAGUACCGUACCCGGUUGAUAGGGUUGUCGAAAAACCGGUAACAGUUACGAAAUAUGUCGAGAAGCCGGUACAUAUCGAAGUACCAGUGCCACAACCAGUACCGGUUGCGGUACAUGUACCUCAACCUUAUCCGGUUGACAGAAUUGUAGAGAGAAAAGUACCUUACCCGGUCCCGGUUGACAGGAUUGUUGAGAAAAAAGUUCCAGUUCAGGUCCCGUACGCUGUUGAAAAGGUGGUAGAGAAAAUUGUCGAAAAGCCUGUAGUGGUAACUAAAUAUGUUGACAAGCCUUACCCAGUUGAAAAGCGCGUGCCGUAUCCAGUUGAAAAAAUUGUAGAGAAAAAGGUGCCUUACCCGGUCGAAGUGCCGGUCCAUGUCAAGGUUCCAUACCCGGUGGAAAAGAAGGUUGAAAGGCCGGUGUACGUACCCAUUAGAGUGCCAUAUCACUUUGAAAAGCCCCAAGAUUACUACACCUAUGCAUACCCGCACGGCGCUGAGCAGACACAAAAUGUUCCCAGAUAUCAGCAGUUUGCUGAACAACGAAAGCAAGCGAGUCCAGCGACAAAUUUAAAUCUUAACGAAGUACAACACAAUUACGACCAAAAGGCCCAACAAUCGUACGCUGCUCAAUACAACCAAUACGUUAAAGAUUUAAAAGAUAGAAAGCCUGCUUCUUCUGUACAGACAACACACUGGGGAAAUUUAUAUGCGUCGUCUUACCAGUAUAUCAACAAUACACCCAAGUUUGAAAUCCAAAAGAAUCCAGCACUAUCAAACUACAUUCACUAUUUAACCAAUAACAAUAACAAGCAAAAUGACUACUACGGUCCGCCGCCAGUUCGCAAUGAACAGCAUUGGGGACAACAGAACAACUAUUUCGUCCCUAAUUCGGAACAAUUGAAAUUACGGAGAGCCGAUAGGACGCCGAAGGUAUCGAAUUUAAGGAUAGAAUAUGGGUUUAAGCCACCACUGAUCCCUAGCACUGAGAUUGAUCUAGAUGGUUACCCAAUUAAGAAAGAUUAAAAUUAAUGUCUGAAACAAAUGUUACCCAUGGUCAUCGCUAGAGUCUGAUUAGGGAAAAUUUAACCAAGUAAGUUCUGACGUGAUAACAGUUGAGAUGAAAGUUAUAUCCAUAGGUAUCUUGCCAUCGACCUACUAAAGUUUAUAUGGUAUCUACAGGAAGUAUUCGUUUAUAUAAUACUUACUUCGUCCAUGCUUCGCCCCAUAUUUUCAUUUAAUCAUUUAUCGAUUUGUCUUG